AUGGUGCACAGCAAAAAGGAUCUCCUGCUCAGUCCGAGCGUGGAAGCGCUGAGCUCCUCGACUUUCCUGGACACUCUGCAAAGGUGCCUGCUGGCGGAUUGGCAGAACAGGUACGAGCAGUAUCCUCGGUAUUUGGAUGAGACGCAGGCCUUCGAUGAGACACUCCAUGAUAUGACCAUGGAGAAAUACAGCAGUCGCUUCUACCACUGUUUUGGCGAGGAAGACCUGAAUG